UUGUACCAGGUGCUCCAUGGUCCCUCCCCCCAGAUACACUUAUUUACUGUACCAAGAUCUGAGAAAACACUUUAUACGUGCCUGGAGGCUGCAGUCAAUAUGGAAACAUCUGUGGUACUGCUGAUCAUCCUGGGAGCCAUCUCAGGUGUGAGCCAUGGAGCUGGUGUGCUACCAGACAGUCUGACUGCAGUUGUUGGAGGGACGGUGAUAUUCACCACAACAAUGGUUCCACCAGAAACACCGUUCCUGAUUGUCACCUGGGGUUUUUCAGAUAUCCAUGGCAACAGUUUUAAUCUAAUAACCUCAAGUACUGUAAACAUAACUGGACCAGGAUAUACAGAUAGGAUCACCCUUUUCACAUCUACUGGAUCUCUGGAACUCAGAAAUCUGGUUAUCAGUGACAACGGAGAAUACACAGUGACCAUUAUAACAAAUGAUGGAAAACCACAAAGAGGAACCUGCAGACUGGUAUUACAUGUGCCAGUAUCCAACAUAAUAGUUACUGCCAGCAGUACAGACUUGGUUGAGUCCACCACCUCUGUUCGCCUGUCCUGCUCCUCCUCUGGAUCCUCCCUCUCUUUCCUCUGGCUGAACGGCAGCUCUGAGGUUACAGCCAGUGACAGAGUUCAGCUCACUGAUGGAGGCUCCACCCUCACCAUAGUCAAUGUGACUCGCUAUGACCAGGGACCAUUCAGGUGUCAUGUGUUCAGUCCUGUCAAUAAUGGCACCAGUGACCCAGUGAAACUCUCCAUCAGCUAUGGCCCAGAAAACACAGCUUUAACACUAUCUCCAUCACAAGAAUAUCAUGGGGAAGGGUCAAACGUCAUCCUGUCCUGCUCAGCUGUCUCCAGACCUGCUGCAAAUUUUCAGUGGUUUCUGAAUGGAGUCAAGCUUCCUGAUAGAAGACCAGAGCUCAGACUGAUGAACAUUCAGAUGAGUCAGAGUGGGAACUACAGCUGUCAGGCCUUUAACAACAAAACUAUGAGAAUUCAAACAUCUCAGCCCUUACCUCUGUCUGUGCUAAUGCCAGUAUCCAAUACAAAGGUAAAUGCCAGUACCACAGAAAUGCUGGAGUCCACCAGCUCUGUCAGUCUGUCCUGCUCCUCCGCUGGAUCCUCCCUCUCUUUCCUCUGGCUGAACGGCAGCUCUGAGGUUACAGCCAGUGACAGAAUUCAGCUCACUGAUAGAAACACAACUCUCACUAUAUACAACGUGACCCGCCAUGACCAGGGACCAUUCAGGUGUCGUGUUUUCAAUCCUGUCAGUGAUGUCACCAGUGAACCAGUAAACCUCAUCAUCAUCUUUGGCCCAGAAGAUAUUAAUCUGAUAGUGUCUCCAUUACAAGAGUACUACGACGAAGGGUCAGACAUCAGCCUGAUGUGCUCAGUUCUCUCCAGUCCUGCUGCCUGGUUUCAGUGGUUUCUGAAUGGAGACAAGCUUCCUCAUACAGGACCAGAGCUCAGACUGAUGAACAUUCAGAUGAGUCAGAGUGGGAACUACAGCUGCCAGGCCUUUAACAACAUAACUAUGAGAAAUCAAACAUCUCAGCCUGCAGGUUUAACUGUUCUGAAAACACAUGUGUCCAAUGUGGUGAUAACCCCCAACACUACAGACUUGUCAGAGUUCAACAGCUCUGUCAGCCUGUCCUGCUCCUCCUCUGGAUCUUUCCCCUCUUUCCUCUGGCUGAACGGCAGCUCUGAGGUUACAGCCAGUGACAGAGUUCAGCUCACUGAUGGAGGCUCCACUCUUAUUAUAAUUAAUGUGAACCGCUAUGACCAGGGACCAUUCAGGUGCCAUGUGUUCAACAAUUUCAGCAGUUACACCAGUGAUCCAGUGAAGCUCUCCAUCAACUUCGGCCCAGAAAAUACUAAUUUGAAGCGGCUUCCAUCACAACAAUACUAUGAAGAAGGAUCAAAUUUAAACAUGAUCUGCUCAGCUGUCUCCAGGCCUGUUGCUCUGUAUUACUGGUUUCUGAAUGGAGACAAGCUUCCUGAUACAGGACAAGAACUCAGACUGAUGAACCUUCAGGAGAGUCAGAGUGGAAACUACAGCUGUCAGGCCUUCAACAACAAAACUCUGAGAUAUGAAACAUCUCAGCCUACAGCUGUGUCUGUACUUGUACCAGUUUUCAAUGUGGUGGUGACUUCAAACAUCACAGAGAUGUUGGAGUUCAGCAGCUCUGUCAGUCUGUCCUGCUCUGCCUCUGGAUCCUCCCUCUCUUUCCUCUGGCUGAACAGCAGCUCUGAGGUUACAGCCAGUGACAGAGUUCAGCUCACUAAUGGAGGCUCCAGUCUUACCAUACACAACAUGACCCGCUAUGACCAGGGACCAUUCAGAUGCAACGUGUCGAAUGGUGUCAGUCAUGGAAUCAGCCAGUCAGUGAAUCUCAUCAUCCAGUAUGGACCUGACAGCACCACCAUUGUAGGACCCAAAUCUGUACGUGUUGGAGAUCUGACAAUGCUCUACUGCUCCACUAUGUCUGUUCCAUCAGCAAAAAUCACCUGGCUGUUUAAAGGAAAGCCAGCUAAUGUCUAUGAGGCUGUGUACGUCAUACAGUCGAGCAGCAGCUCUGACAGUGGGAUGUACUCCUGCACUGCUGAGAAUACUGUCACAGGGCUGAGUCAGACAGCACAACAUGAGUUAACUGUCAAAGAUCUCUCAGAAUGUGACUGCCCAGCUGCUGGUACAAGAGCCAUUAUAUUAACAGCUAUAUGCUGUGUCCUUAUUGCAUUAGCAAGUGGAAUAAUUAUGCUCUGUCUGAAAAGGAUGAAAAGAUGUGGCAACAACAAUUAUCCAGCACAUCGAAAAGAAAAAUUAAGUGUAAAGCAAAGGAGUUCAGAUGUGUAUAAGACCAAAGGAUCAUUAGGUGAGGACUUGUAUUCUCUUCCUAUGAAGCAAAGUAAAGUGUGAAACUACACACAAGAGGAUUUCCACAUGUUCCUUGAUCAGCAGUCUCAAAGGAAAACAUCAGUGUUACUGUUUGUUUGUUUUUUCAAUUUAUUUAUUCAACUCAACCAUUUUCUGCCUCUUUUACAUUACAAUUCACUGUGCUGAGUUUGAUGUUAGGUGAAUUGUAAUGACUAUUCAUGGUUUUGCAAGAAUGAUUUCAAAGUUAAAACUUGUGUAUUGGUAAUAUAUUACAAAAAAACUGUCAAUACUGUAAUUGAUUUUCAUUAUUAAUUUAUUAAUUCUCUAUUCAUUUAUAGAGAUCUUUAAAAUGUAGAGAUGGAAAAUUUCUUUUAUUAAUAAACAUCUUAAG